AUGCAGCUGCGCCACCUCUCGACGGUGCUGCCGCCGACCGAGGGCAUGUGCAAGGUGACUGCGAUCGCGUGGUCGCCCAACAAUCGGCGGCUCGCGGUCGUCACGGUCGAGCGCGUCGUGCACAUGUUUGACGCGGCGACGGGCGAGCGCAAGGACAAGUUUUCGACCAAGCCCGCCGAGAAGGGCGACAAGAACUACACGGUGCGCGGGCUCGCGUUCUCGCCCGACUCGUCCAAGCUGGCGGUCGCGCAGAGCGACAACAUUGUGUUCAUCUACAAGCUCGGGCUCGAAUGGGGCGACAAAAAGUCGAUUUGCAACAAGUUCAUGCAAGCGUGCAGCGUCACGAGUAUGAUCUGGCCGACGGCCCACCCGAACGAGAUUGUGUUUGGCCUCUCGGAUGGCAAGGUCAAGCUCGGCCAGCUGCGCAGCAACAAGCCCGCGACCUUGUAUGCGACCGGCAGCUACGUCUCGACCAUGUGCACCAACCCGGAGGGCACCGCGAUCCUCUCGUCGCAUUACGACCACUCGAUCUACCGCUUUAUCUUUGACGACGUCAACGGCGGGUCGAGCCAAACCAAGAUCGCGAUCCAUACGUGCGUCCCAUACGCGCUCGCGUGGGGCGAGGCGAUCGUCGCGGCUGGCAACGAUCGCAAGGUCGCGUUCUACAACAAGGACGGCGGUCUCGUCCGGAGCUUCGACUACUCGAGCGACGACAAGUGCGGCGAAUUCACGACCAGUGUCUUCAAUCCGACCGGCGACUCGGUCGUCGUCGGCAACUUCAACUCGUUUUACAUUUAUAGCCACCACGUCAAGACCAACUCGUGGGAAGCCGUGGGUGUCAAGACGAUCGAGAACCUCUACUCGGUCACGAGCCUCGGCUGGAAGUACGACGGGUCGCGGCUCGCGGUCGGGUCGGUCUGCGGCGCGCUCGACCUCUUUGAUGCGUGCGUGCGCCGGUACCGCUACAAGGGCAAGUUUGAAUUUACGUACGUCUCGCUGAGCCAAGUGAUUGUGAAGCGGAUUGCGACCGGCCAACGCGUCAUUGUCCGCUCGACGUUUGGGUGCGAGAUCACCAAGCUCAACGUCUUUCAAGACCGGUUCCUUGUCGCCAACACGAGCAGCACGCUCCUCGUCGGCGACCUCGAGACCUCGAAGCUCUCGGAAGUGCAGUGGCAGUCGACGGGCGCCGAAAAGUACAUGUUUGAGAAUCCCGCCGUGUGCAUCAUUUACCAAGCCGGCGAGCUCUCGCUCAUCGAGUAUGGUCAAAAUGAGAUCCUUGGCUCCGUGCGCACCGAGCAUCUGAGCUUGCACUUGCUCUCCGUGCGCAUCAACGAGCGCCCGAUCGUGUCGGAGACGACCAAGCUGCCCUCGGACGACAACAAGAAGAUGGCGUUCCUCCUCGACUUGCAGACGAUUUCGGUCAAAGACCUGCAUGUGCACGCGUCGACGACCGUCAACCACGAUGCGCGUGUCGACUGGCUCGAGCUCAACGCGCACGGCAACUUGCUGCUCUUCCGCGACAAGCGCCGGCAGUUGCAUUUGUUUGAUAUGGACACGCAGACGCGGUCGACGUUGCUCAACUAUUGCAACUACGUGCAGUGGGUGCCCGACUCGGACGUUGUCGUGGCCCAGAACCGCAACAACCUCUACGUGUGGUACAACAUUCGCAGCCCGGACAAAGCGACGAUUUACCAGAUUAAAGGCGACGUCGAGCAGAUCGAGCGCGCGAAUGGCCGCACCGAAGUCAUUGUCGACGAAGGCAUGAACACGGCGAGCUACCAGCUCGACGAGUCGCUCAUCAACUUUGGCACUGCCAUUGACGACAAGCAGCUGCUGCGCGCGAUGGCGAUUCUCGAGCCGCUCGAGCUCACGCCCGAGACCGAGGCCAUGUGGACACAGCUGAGCGCCGAAGCGCUGAAAGGCAACGACCACCGGAUCGCCGAACGCUGCGUGGCCGCCCUUGGGGACGUGUGCCGCUGCCGAUACCUCCGCAAGGUCAACAAGAUCGACUACAUGGAGCAGUCCAAGAUGUCCGAGGGCAUGGUCCAUUGGCGUGUCCGGUCCAAGCUCGCGCUGCUCAAGAACGACUACCGCAGUGCCGAGCACAUUCUGCUCAACCAAGGCCAAGUCGAAGAGGCGAUUGAAAUGUACCAACUGCUCCAGAAAUGGGAAGAUGCGAUCCGCCGGCAGUACGCCGAGUACCUCUUGUCGUCGCGCCAAGAAGAGAAGGCGGCAGUGCUCAAGGUCAAGGAGGGCGACUUUGCCAGCGCCGUCCACCUCUAUCUCAAGGGCGGCCUCCCGGCCAAGGCGGCCAACCUCCUCAACGAACGCAACCUCGGACGCGACCACCGCGCACUCCUUGAAAGCGUCGCCGACGCGUUGUAUGCAUCGGGCAUGUAUGAAAAAGCGGGCGACCAAUUCGAAAAGAUGGAAGAGGAAGACCGUGCGCUCGCCGCGUACUUUAAAGCCAACGCGUUCCGCAAGGCCGUCGAUCUCUCGCGCCGUGUCUUCCCGGACCGUGUCAUGAAGCUCGAAGAGAGCUGGGGCGACUACCUCGUGUCCCAGAAGCAGAUGGACAUGGCCAUCAACCACUACAUUGAAGGCAACGUGCCGACCAAGGCGGUCGAAGCCGCGCUGAACUCGCGCCAAUGGGCCAAGGCCGGCCAGAUGGUCGAGACGCUUGACGACGAGAUUGCACUGCCCUACUACCGGCGGCUCGCGCGCCAUUACCAAGACGCGCAGCAGUACGAGGCCGCCGAGCGCUGCUUCAUCAAGGCCGACGCGGCCCGGGACGCGGUCGAAAUGUACACGCGCGCCAACAAGUGGGACGCGGCGUACCAAGUCGCGCUCAACCACAUGGACAAGUACGAGACCGAGCGCUUGUAUGUCGAGCAAGCGCACCGCAUGGAGCGCGCGGGGAAGCUCAAGGAGGCCGAGAAGCUCUUCUUGACGGUCAACGAACCCGACUUGGCCAUAAACAUGUACAAGAACCACAAGAAUUACGAGCAAAUGAUUCGGCUCGUGGCCAAGUACCGCAAGGACCUCCUCAAGGACACGCACUUGUACCUUGCGCAGCAGCUCGAGCACGAGAGCAACUUCAAGGAGGCCGAGCACCACUACGCCGAGGCCGGCGAGUUCCAAGCGGCCGUCACCAUGUACCGGACCAACGACAUGUGGGACGAAGCCAUCCGUGUGGCCAAGUACCACGGCGGCAUCAACGCGAGCAAGCGCGUGGCGUACGCGUGGGCCAUGAGUCUUGGCGGCGAGGCCGGCGCCAAGCUGCUCGCGCGCCUCGGGCUCAUCGAGUCAGCGAUCGAUUAUGCAAUCGAGAGUGAUGCGUUCGACCAUGCGUUCGAGCUCGCACGCAGCUGUGCGCCCAAGAAGCUCCCCGAAGUGCACCUCAAGCACGCGCUGUCGCUGGAAGACAAGGAGGACUUCAAAGCCGCCGAGGAGGAGUUUAUCAAGGCGUGCAAGCCGCGCGAGGCCGUCGACAUGUACAUUCACCAGCAAGAUUGGGCCAACGCCAUGCGUGUGGCCGAGACCGCAGACCCUGCCUCGGUCUCGGACGUCUUUGUGGCCCAAGCGCGGCUCUGGGUCGAGCGAAAGGAGUACACCCGUGCUGAAAGCUUCUUUCUCAAUGCCGGCAAGCCCGAGAUGGCGCUGGCCGCGUACAUGGAGGGCCAGCUCUGGUCGGACGCGAUGCGCUUGGCCAAACGCCACCUCCCCCACAAGCUGGGUGAAGUCAACAUGGCCCACCAGCGCGCGAUCUUCUCCGGUGGUCCGAAAUCCAAGGAAGAGCUGCUCGAGGCGUGCGAGAUCUGGGUCAGCUGCCAGCAAUACGUCCAGGCCAUCGACGCGUACCUCUCGAUCACGCUCGAUCAGCUCGAUAACCCGAGUGGGCUCGAAGAGAUCUGGGGGCUCGCCGUCGAGCUCGCGUCCAAGCACGACCGCGGCCGCUUCAAGAGCGUCGUCGAAGAAGUCGCGUCGCGUCUCCUCUCCAUGUCCAUGUUUGACGCGGCGGCCAAUUACUUCAAGGCCAUCGACAAGAUGUCGGAGGCGCUUGACUGCUACCUCCGCACCAACAACUGGGUCGCGGCGCAAAAGCUCUGCGAACAGCACGCGCCGGAACUCUUGCCGCGUCUCGAGCGCGCGCAGCAUGCCUCCGCAUUCGGCCACGCCGACGCCAAGCCGCAAGAAAAGGCGAUGGCCAAGGACGAGCUCAAGGAAGCGAAGGAGACCCGCGUGCCCGAAGCCAAGGCCGAUGCCAAGUCAUCCGAUGCCGCCAACGCGCUGGAUGUCUGGAUGCAGCGUGGCGAGUGGGACAAGGUGCUCUCGUCCGCAGCCAAGCACGGCCCGAAAGCACUCGCCAAGUACCUCGUCCUCCGUUGCACGCGGCUGCUCGAGCACGACGACGCCGACGCGGCAAUUGCCGCCUUUACUACGUACGGCGUGCCACUGGUCGACGACACGUUGCCGGUCGUCGAGCGCGUGGUGGCCAAGUGUCUCGGCUGCCCCGUGGCGGUCGAGCCGACGCCCGAGCACGCGGCCAACGUCGCGUCGCUCGUCAAGGUGCUUCGCAAGCUCGUGAAGGAGAUGAAGGCGACGAAGGAGGUGUCGCCGGCGCAGGUGGCGACCAUGGAGCAGUUUUUACUCAUCGCACACUACACGUCGUUCAAGUACCAAGCGCAAGCCGCAGGGCUCCAAGACAUUGCGUGCAAGAUUGGCAUGUCGCUUCUGCGGUACAUAUCCGUCUUGCCCGCCGACAAGCUCUUCUACUUGGCGGGCGCUGGCUGCCGCGCGAAGAAAUGGCUUAGUCCCGCGUUCGUCUUCUUCAACCGGUACCUCGACUUGACCGAGGCCAUCGACGACGGCAACCUGAACAGCUUGGACAACUCGGACUUUUUAAGCACAGACAUUCCGCGCGACUUUCCACUGCCGGACGAACAGUACCUCCCGGACGAAGCUGCGCGCGAGGAGAUCCGCGAUUGGGUGCUCACCAUCUCGAUGGACCAGCAGGUGCAGGAGAAGCUGCCGGAGCGGCCGUGCCCCAACUGCCAAGCCUCGAUCUACGAAGGCAGCUUGCACUGCACCGAGUGCAAGGCCAAGUUUGAGCCGUGCAUCAUCACGGGUUUUCCCGUCGUCGCGAAAAUGACGGUCAACUGCACCAACUGCAAGGCGAUCGCCGAGCGCGAGAGCUGGAACAAGUGGAUCAAGCAGUUUGGCGCGUGCGGCUGGUGCGCCGCGCCCCAGAAGCUCAGUUAUUAG